AUAUUGUAGCAUGGAUCAAAUUAACUAAGAAACUUUCAUUGAUAUCCUCUUAUCUACUGUGCAUUUCGGAUGCAUAGGGUUCAGGAAAAACAUUAUUGGCCAGAGUCUCUGCAACAUCCGUUGAAAGACAUGAAGACAUCUUGGCACACAUAGUUUUUGUAUCUUGUUCCAGACUUGCUUUACAGAAGCCUUCAAGCAUUCGUCAGGCACUUUCGGGCUACAUAACUGAAGCUUUAGAUCAUUCGCCCUCUGUCAUCAUCUUAGAUGAUCUUGAUAGCAUCAUUACCUCUUCCUCAGAGCUGGAAGGAUCUCAACCUUCAUCCUCUUCAGCUGCACUCAUAGAAUUUCUCAAUGAUAUAUUAGAUGAAUAUGAGGAGAAAAGCAGGACUGCUUGCGGAAUUGGCCCCAUUGCUUUCAUUGCUUGUGCACAGACCCUGACUAAUAUUCCACAGAGCUUGAGCUCGUCUGGGAGAUUUGAUUUUCACGUUAAGCUGCCAGCUCCGGGUGCCUCAGAACGUUCUGCUUUAUUGAAGCAUGAGAUCCAGAAGCGAUCCUUGCAAUGUUCCGAUGAUGUGUUGUUAGAUAUUGCAUCCAAAUGUGAUGGAUAUGAUGCUUAUGAUCUGGAAAUACUGGUUGAUCGGUCAGUACAUGCUGCCAUUGGUCGCUUUUUGUCCAAUGAUUUGAGCUUUCACAAACAUGAGAAACCUGCUUUGGUUAGGGAUGACUUUUUGCUAGCAAUGGAUGAUUUCCUUCCAAUUGCUAUGCGUGAUAUCACGAAACCAUCUAAAGAUGGUGGUCACUCUGGGUGGGAGGAUGUUGGAGGGCUUAAUGACAUCCAGAACUCUAUCAAAGAGAUAAUUGAACUACCUUCAAAAUUUCCUAAUAUCUUUAUACAAUCUCCAUUGAGGAUGCGGUCCAACGUUCUCUUAUACGGCCCCCCUGGUUGUGGAAAAACACAUAUUGUUGGCGCUGCUGCUGCAGCCUGUUCCCUACGAUUCAUCUCAGUGAAGGGGCCUGAACUGCUGAAUAAAUAUAUUGGUGCUUCUGAGCAAGCUGUUCGUGAUAUAUUCUUGAAAGCAGCUGCUGCAGCACCAUGCCUUCUCUUUUUUGAUGAAUUUGAUUCUAUUGCUCCAAAGAGAGGGCAUGAUAAUACUGGUGUGACUGAUAGAGUAGUCAAUCAAUUUUUGACAGAACUAGAUGGUGUUGAAGUUCUGACUGGUGUAUUUGUUUUUGCUGCCACAAGUAGGCCGGAUCUGCUUGAUGCUGCACUUCUGCGACCUGGUCGGCUGGACCGCCUGUUAUUUUGUGAUUUUCCUUCGCAGCGUGAGAGGUUGGAUAUUCUUUCAGUUCUUUCAAGAAGGUUACCAUUGGCCAAUGAUGUUAACUUGGAUGCAAUAGCUCACAUGACUGAAGGUUUUAGUGGAGCUGAUCUUCAAGCUCUUCUUGCUGAUGCUCAACUUGAAGCAGUUCACAGUUUUCUCGACAGUGAGAAUGGCAGCAAUCAAGGGAAGAUGCCCGUGAUCACCAAUGCUCUAUUGAAGUCUAUUGCAUCCAACGCAAAACCAUCAGUUUCAGAAGCCGAGAAGCGGAGACUAUAUGAUAUUUACAGCCAGUUCAUGGAUUCAAAAAGAUCUGCUGCUGCACAGUCGAGAGAUGCGAAAGGCAAAAGAGCAACCCUAGCUUAAAGACUUGUCUUGGAAUAUGAAGGCUACAAAUGUGAAAAGCCAGCAAUUGCCAUAUUACCUAACAAGAGGAGCCAUUAGCAGUACGGGUCUCGGGAACUCGAGUAUGGUUCAUCCUCUCCAAUUUCUCUCGUGCCUUUUCAUCGCCACGAGUUCUUGGUAUCUUCCUCUUUAUCUACUUAUUUGAUAGUCUUCAGUUUCUCUUUUCUUUACUUUUCUUUUUUAAUAAAUAUUUAGAACACCAGAAGUUUUCUUUUUUGUGUAUAAUAUGAUAUUUGCUGAUUAUUGUAUAGUACCUUCAUAAAAAUGAACUAUUAAUAAAAAUAAUAAAUCCAUGGCACCUUCAGUUUUUA